GAAUCCAUUGUGAAGAAGACAUUGAUGAAUGUUCACCAAACCCUUGCCAAAAUGGUAGUACUUGUGAGAACUUGCCUGGGAACUAUACUUGCCAUUGCCCCAUUGAUGACCUUUCCAGAAUGUUUCAUGAAGGAAAAGACUGUGCCAAGACUCUCCGAGGCUGCACUCAUCACCAGUGUCUGAAUAAUGGAACAUGUGUCCCUCACUUCCAAAAUGGCCAUCACGGAUUCAGCUGCCAGUGUGCUUCUGGCUAUACUGGGUCCCUGUGUGAAACUGUCACUACACUUUCUUUUGAGGGCAAUGGCUUCCUACAGGUCAUAAGUGGCUCACUUACAACCACACCCUCAGACUGUACCAUAUCCUUCAGGUUUCAGACCGUUCAGUCCAAUGCACUUCUCUUUUUCCAAGGCAACAGGGACAUGUCUCUAAAGCUAGAAUUGCUAAGUGGCUGUGUUCACCUAGCAAUCCAAGUCCAGAAUCAGUCAAUGGUGCUUCUGUCCAUCGCCCACAACACCAGUGAUGGAGAGUGGCAUUCGGUGGAGGUAACAUUUGCGGAAGCUGUGGUCCUUACUCUGACUGACUGCUCCUGUGAGGAGAAAUGCACCACUGAAGCUUCUCUGGUUGAAACCCAUCCAUCAAUGUGUGCUUUUCAGAACUCUUUUUUAGGUGGCUUACCUGUAGGAACAACCAGGAAUAGUGUCUCCCUAUCUACCAUCUACAAUAUGCCAUCCACACCUUCCUUUGUAGGCUGUCUCCAAGAUAUUAAAUUUGACUUGAAUCACAUUACUCAGGAGAACAAGUCAUCUGGCUUGUCAUUAAAUGUCAAGGCAGGAUGCAUGAGAAAGCACUGGUGUGAAAGUCAACCUUGUCAAAAUCGAGGACAUUGCAUCAACCUGUUGCAGAGCUUCCAGUGUGACUGCUACAGGCCCUAUGAUGGCCCCAACUGUCUGAAAGAGUAUGUGGCAGGCAGAUUUGGCCAAGAUGACUCCCCUGGAUAUGCUGUCUUUAAUCUCGAUGAGAAUUACAGACAGAAUCUCAACCUCUCCCUGUUUGUUCAAACACAUCAGCCAUCAGGCUUACUUCUGGCUUUGGAAAACAGCACUCAUCAAUAUGUCCGUGUCUGGCUAGAACAUGGCCAACUAGCACUGCUGACUCUGAGCUCUCCCAAGUUAGUGCUCACAUUUGUUCUUGGUGAUGGAAAUGUCCACUUAAUAUCUUUGAAAAUCAAACCAAAUGAAAUUGGACUGUAUCAGUCUUCACAAAACCUAGGAUUCAUUUCUGCUCCUACGUGGACCAUCCAAAGAGGAAAUGUCAUCUACAUUGGUGGCCUGCCUGACAAGCAAAAGACUGAAGUGUAUGGUGGCUUCUUCAAAGGCUGUAUCCAAGACAUAAGAUUAAACGAAAAAAAUCUGGAAUUCUUCCCAAUUUCAACACACAAUGCAUCCCAUGGUGCAAUUCUUGUCAAUGUGACUGAGGGCUGUCCUGGAAAUGACAUCUGCAAAGUAAGUUCAACCAGUGUUCUUCAAGUGCCCAAUGCCAGCUGGUGCCUCAAGGGUUUGAGUGUAGGUAGCAUUCGAAGCUACCACCCACCCAGUUCAUUUGGUAUCGCAAAUGCUGUUUUAAAUGGCCAAAGUGGCAAAAUAUUAUUCAGAAGUAAUGGGAAUAUUACCAGAGAACUCACCAAUAUCACAUUUGGUUUCAGGACAACUCAUGCAAAUAUGGUAACAUUGCAUGCAGAAAAAGAGCCCGAAUUUCUUAAUAUUAGGAUUCAAGGUCCCAGAUUAUUCUUUCAGUUGCAAAGUGGCAACAAUUUUUAUUCACUGCGCCUGAGAAGUUUGCAAUCAGUGAACAAUGGCAUGUGGCACCAAGUGACUUUUUCCAUGGUAGACUCACAGGCUCAGACCUCCCAGUGGCAAAUGGAAGUAGACAGCCAGACACCUUUUGUGACCAGUGCAAUUGCUACUGGAAGCCUGAACUUUUUGAAGGACAAUACAUACAUCUAUGUGGGGGACCGAGCUAUUGACAACAUAAAAGACCUACCAGGCUGUCUAAGCACAAUAGAAAUCGGAGGCAUAUAUCUCUCUUACUUUGAAAAUAUUCGUGGUUCCAGUAGUAAACCUCGAAAAGAGAAGUUUCUCAAAAUGUCUACAAAUUUGGUAGUUACUGGCUUCCUCCCAGAUGCCUGCCACUCCAAUCCCUGUUUGCACGGAGGAACUUGUGAAGACAUCCACUGCUCUUACCACUGUUCCUGUCCUUUGGGAUGGUCAGGGACAAACUGCGAACUCAACAUCGAUGAAUGCUCUUCUAACCCCUGUGUCCAUGGCAACUGCUCUGAUGGACCUGCAGCGUACCACUGCUGGUGUGAGCCUAGAUACACUGGUGCGGACUGUGAACUAGGCAUAGACAAUUGCAAGAGUCAUCAGUGUGCAAAUGGAGCCACCUACGUCAGUGGAACUCAUGGCUAUUCUUGCCUCUGUUUUGGAAAUUUUACAGGAAGAUUUUGCAGGCACAACAGAUUACCCUCAACAGUCUGUGGGAACGAGAAGACAAAUCUCACUUGCUACAACGGAGGCAACUGCACCAAGUUCCAAGCUGACUGGAAAUGUAUGUGCCGGCCAGGUUUUGCUGGAGAGAGGUGUGAAGAGGACAUCAACGAGUGUGCCUCUGACCCAUGCAUCAUUGGAGGCCUGUGCCAGGACCUGCUCAAUAGAUUCCAGUGCAUCUGUGAUGUGGCCUUCACAGGACAACGCUGUGAGCUGGACUUGGCUGAUGACUGGCUCAUGGGUAUUUUCACUACCAUAGGCUCCAGGACUUCGGCCCUGUUGUUCAUCCUUUUUCUUGCUGUUGUCACUGCUAUUGUUGGCUCCAAAAAGGGAGCAACUCAAGGGACCUACAGCCCCAGCCAUCAGGAGAAGGCUGGCCCUCGAGUGGAGCUGUGGAGUAGGAUGCUGCCGCCAGCACUAGAGAGACUCAUUUAG